AUGGAGCUUCGUAAAGAUGGUUUCACAGUUAAUCAUUCUAGUAUUAAAAUGAAAAUGAUUGAAAUUAUGAGAUCAAGUACAAGACUAGCUCAAGAUGAGGCAGAGAAGUUAGCAAUUGCUAAUUUUAAGUUUUCACAAAGG